UCCCCGCUUCAUCAUCCAAUAAGCGGAGAGAAAAGAACCACUACUUCCUGUCCCCGAUCCAAACACAUGUACGUAUGCUAGCAGUUAGCUUUGGCGAAAAUACUUCUUAAGAGUGGCAAUAAGUGCCACUGAAGAUGGUUCACAUCACUAGGAUCUGCUUACGGAAGUAUGGAAACUUUGUUGACAAUCUGCGGCUGUAUGUCCGUGGAGGCAGUGGAGGGAUGGGUUUACCCCGCCUUGGAGGUCAAGGAGGGAAAGGGGGAGAUGUUUGGGUGGUGGCGACGAAGAACAUGACCUUAAAAAGGAUAAAGGACAAAUUCCCACAAAAACGUUUUGUAGCGGACGCAGGAGCCAACAGCGGCGUUCGAGCUCUGAAAGGAGAAAGAGGGGCAGACAAGGAGAUCCUUGCUCCUGUCGGUAUCACCGUCACCACUGAUGAAAGCAGAACACUCGGUGACUUGAAUGUGGAGGGCGAUCGUGUGAUGGUGGCAAAAGGAGGAUCAGGAGGCUCGCUGUACUCUGCGUUUCAGCCCAGUAAAGGCGAGGCUAAACACAUCAGACUGGACCUCAAGCUUAUAGCAGACAUGGGCCUUGUGGGGUUCCCGAAUGCAGGAAAGUCCUCUCUGCUGACAGCCUUGUCUAACGCCACGCCUCAGAUUGCCAGCUAUGCUUUCACAACCUUGAAACCAGAGAUUGGCAAACUGAUAUAUGACGAUUAUAAGCAGAUUUCUGUUGCUGAUCUCCCUGGCUUGAUUGAGGGGGCUCACAUGAACAAAGGCAUGGGCCACAAAUUUCUGAAACACGUGGAGAGGACCAAGCAGCUGUUAUUUGUGGUCGAUGUUUGUGGUUUUCAGCUGGCAAGUAAAACACCGUUUAGGUCAGCCUUCGAAGCUGUGCAGCUUCUAACCAAGGAAUUGGAGUUGUAUAAAGAGGAGCUUUUGUCAAAGCCUGCAUUACUGGUGGUGAAUAAGAUGGACCUGCCUGAUGCUGAGGACAAGCUAGCAGAGCUGAAGGAGCAACUACAAAACCCAGAAGAGUUCUCUGAUCUGCUCCCUGAAGAUAUGAUACCACAGAACUAUUUGACCUUCAGACACGUGGUUCCCGUUUCUGCAAUCACCGGGUUUGGCAUCAGCCACCUUAAGAGCUGCGUUCGACAGUCCCUCGAUGAAGACGCAGCCUUAGAAGUUAAAGCCACUCAUCGAGAAAAGCUGCAAGCACUGAGGAAGCAGUCACAAGGACGUGCGUGAGUAACGUAGACGACAUCAAGCAUCAUCACGCAGGACUUUGCAGAUAAACAUCCUCUACCACGAAGCUCCUGGGAGAGCAAAACCACUUCAAUUUAUACAAGUGAUGGAGGUCUCUGCUUGGAGAUGAUCAAAUUCUCACUGACUGAUGCAAACUCCAUCUUUAUUUAUUUAAAAGUGAUGUGUUGUAUAAGGCUGAUAAAACUUUGUGAAUAUCAUAGAAAUUCACAGGCUGGUGCAUAAAAGGAUUCUAGUCAAGAUGACUACAUUAAAUGAUAAAUACAAUAUAUUCAGUUUCA